GACAUCCGGUUAGUCAUAUGAUCCGCAUCUUGGCUGUCAGCUGUCUUGUUGCGGCACCAGUUAGCGGCGGAGGUUGAGGAUCUUUCUCCGAUUGUUUUCUUCCGGCGAUGGCAACUCUGGUGGCAAACCGGGCGAUGGAUAACGGCUUGGCGGCGGCAGCGAGGACUCACACCCAAGCUGUGACCAGAAAUUACAUCUCUCAGCCGAGGCUAACGUACUCUACGGUGACGGGUGUGAACGGACCCUUGGUCAUCCUGGAUAAUGUCAAGUUCCCCAGAUAUGCUGAAAUUGUCCAUUUGACCUUGCCUGACGGCACCAAGAGGAGCGGUCAAGUCUUGGAGGUGAUUGGGUCCAAAGCAGUGGUUCAGGUGUUUGAGGGGACGUCAGGCAUUGAUGCCAAGAAGACGGCGUGUGAGUUCACUGGUGACAUCCUGCGUACGCCGGUCUCAGAGGACAUGCUCGGGCGAGUGUUCAAUGGCUCAGGCAAACCCAUCGACCGGGGACCAAGUGUUCUGGCUGAGGACUAUCUGGAUAUCAUGGGUCAGCCCAUCAAUCCCCAGUGCCGCAUCUACCCAGAGGAAAUGAUCCAGACUGGCAUCUCUGCAAUUGAUGGCAUGAACAGCAUCGCCAGAGGACAGAAGAUCCCGAUUUUCUCAGCUGCUGGACUGCCCCACAAUGAAAUCGCAGCCCAGAUCUGUCGCCAGGCCGGCCUGGUGCAGAAGUCCAAGGACGUGAUGGACUACAGCUCGGACAACUUCGCCAUUGUGUUUGCUGCCAUGGGGGUCAACAUGGAAACUGCUCGCUUCUUCAAGUCUGACUUUGAGGAAAAUGGCUCCAUGGAUAACGUUUGCCUGUUCUUGAACCUGGCCAACGAUCCCACGAUUGAGCGAAUCAUUACUCCUCGCCUUGCGCUGACGACAGCAGAGUACCUGGCUUACCAGUGUGAGAAACACGUUCUGGUUAUUCUCACCGAUAUGAGUUCUUACGCCGAGGCUCUGAGAGAGGUCUCUGCUGCCAGAGAGGAGGUGCCUGGACGUCGAGGUUUCCCAGGUUACAUGUACACCGACUUGGCCACCAUCUACGAGCGCGCGGGCCGAGUGGAGGGCAGAAAUGGCUCAAUCACCCAAAUCCCCAUUCUGACCAUGCCUAAUGAUGAUAUCACCCAUCCCAUCCCUGACCUGACGGGGUACAUCACCGAGGGUCAGGUGUACGUGGACAGGCAGUUGCACAACCGUCAGAUUUACCCGCCCAUCAAUGUUUUGCCGUCUCUGUCCCGUUUGAUGAAGUCGGCCAUCGGUGAGGGUAUGACCAGGAAGGAUCACGCCGAUGUCUCCAACCAGCUGUACGCCUGCUACGCCAUCGGCAAGGAUGUUCAGGCCAUGAAGGCCGUGGUGGGAGAAGAAGCCCUCACCUCUGAUGACCUUCUCUACUUGGAGUUCCUGCAGAAGUUUGAGAAGAACUUCAUUGCCCAGGGUCCUUAUGACAACAGGACGGUGUAUGAGACCCUGGACAUCGGUUGGCAGCUACUCCGUAUCUUCCCCAAGGAGAUGUUGAAGAGGAUUCCUCAGAGCACCUUGGCCGAGUUUUAUCCCAGGGAGUCUGCUGCUCGCCACUGAGACACCACGCGGGACGUCCGCUCCUCAUCCUCAACCCCAUCACGCCGUGUCUGUGUUUCUGUGCAUGGACACCCACCUUGUUAGCUAGCAGUCCCCUUUUCUCACAUACGUCGUACCGUAGUGUACUGUAGUGUACUGUAUUGCUGUUCAAAGUAUGUGAUGUGUACAAAGUGACUUCAUGGGUGAACUUAUUUAUUCUGCUGUCCAAAUGAGCGCGGUGUUGCACGUGAUGCGAGCUGGGAUAAACACGUCCUCCUUGAUGUCUGGCAGGUGGUACUCGUGCUGUUUUUUUUUCUUCCUUAGAAAAUUCUACUUCGUGUUUACAGUAUUUGUGUUUUUCUUCUUCCCUUUGUGUUGUAAAAUGUAAAAAAAAAACAACAAAUCAUUCCCGUUAGCAAAAGCUAAUUCUUUGUUGUGCACUCAAUAAAUGCUUUUGUCCACAGAAAGAAACCAAAUCAUAGC